GGAGUAGUGUAAUGUAACGCUUUCUCUGUAAUUUAGCCUUUAGAAAGAAAACGCAAAGAAAGUGUGUUCUCUCGGUAGAGAGUUUCAGAAAAACCCCUCCGGCGAGCGAGACAGUAACACUAAGCUUCCAAUGGCAUCAACAUCGCCUCUCGAGAUAUUAGUUCGAGGACCCGAAGAUUUCUCGCUCUGGACCGGACCCCCCUUCGCCAACGCUCAACCUAGCGUGAAGCUCGAGAAGGUGAGUUGCGCGAGUGCCAAGUUCAGCGACGAUGGAUCCAAACUCAUGGUCACCAAAUCCAACUCCAUCGUCGCUCUAUACGACUGCAGCACCGCCAAAGAGAUUAGGUCUUUUCAAGUUCCCAAUCUCCUAGCCACCGCCUUGUCGCCCCGUGGAACCUACUUGCAGACCUUCCAGAAACCCUCCGCGCCGCAGGACAAGAACGUCACGCUCUGGAAAAUCGACACCGCUGAUCCCGUUUACCAGCACUCCCAAAAGAACAUCACCAAAUCCAAUUGGCCUGCGAUUCAGUUUAGUUCCGAUGAAGCUACUGCAUGCCGGUUGGCUACUAAUGAGGUACAAUUUUUUGAUGCCGGGGAUUUUUCGAAAGGAGUUACCUGUCGGUUGAGAGUUCCGGGAGUUUCUGCUGCUGAGCUUUCUAGUUCACCUGGGUCUCAUGUAGCUGCAUUUGUUCCAGAAUCCAAGGGGGUUCCUGCUAGUGUACAGAUAUUUGCUUGUGGAAAUGCAUCUCAAAGUCAACCUAUUGCUCGACGUAGUUUUUUCCGAUGUUCAACCACCCAACUUAAAUGGAAUCGUGGCUCAACUGGGCUUUUAGUAGUGGUGCAGUCAGAUGUUGACAAAACUAAUCAGAGUUACUAUGGUGAAUCGAAGUUAUGCUAUUUGACUACAGAUGGGAUGCAUGAAGGACUUGUGCCUCUUCGGAAAGAUGGGCCUAUUCAUGAUGCUCAGUGGUCACAUUCUGGUUUGGAAUUUGCUGUUGUAUAUGGGUUUAUGCCUGCUAAAGCAACACUGUUCGACAAGAAGUGCAAUCCUUUACUAGAGCUUGGAACUGGUCCUUACAACACUAUUCGUUGGAACCCAAAAGGGAAAUUUUUGUGUUUGGCUGGCUUUGGUAACUUGCCUGGUGAUAUGGUAUUCUGGGAUUACAUAGAUAAGAAACAACUUGGAACCACCAAGGCUGAAUGGUCUGUGACAAGUGAAUGGUCUCCGGAUGGGUGCUAUUUCAUGACAGCUACAACAGCUCCAAGGCUUCAAGUUGACAAUGGGAUCAAGAUUUUUGUUUACAAUGGGUCAUUGUACUUCAAGAAAAUGUUCGACAAAUUGUACCAGGCUGAUUGGAAACCAGAGUCACCAGAUAAGUUUGGUGAUAUUGCCGAAUUAAUCAAGUCUCUAAAUUUGGUACAACUUGAAGAUAAAAAACCACCAGGUCAAGGACCAAAAUCAACUCAGACUUCUACAAAAGUCUCGUCUGCCAACCCCCCUACACAAAAACCUGCUGCAUAUCGUCCACCACAUGCUAAGAAUGCAGCUUCUAUUCAGGCAGAGCUGUUUGGAGAGACUCCUACUGAAUCAAUGAGCAAGAAUGCAUUACGAAACAAGAAAAAGAGGGAAAAACAGAAGGAGAAAAAGGCUGCUUCUGAUGCGAGUUCGUCUUGAUUGAAUCAAUGUUGGUCCUGAUGCAUUCUAGAUUGCUUUCUACAAUUGCACUCAGGCACCUGAAUAGUUGAGCUUCAGGUUUUUGGUUUACUAGAUUUAAUUGUAUCACGUCUCUGACAGCGAACUUUGGGCAGUUUUGGGUUGCUCAGAUUUUGAGGUGAUUAAAAGGGUGUUGUAGGCUUGUGCUUUCUUUAGUUUCCAAUUGGGAUAUAAAAGGUGAGCGUGGAAGAUCUGUCUUCUUAUAAAAGAAGUAUUUAUUGUAAGAGAAAUGUUAUAGUAGGUUACACAAAUUCUUUAGUUUCCAAUUGGGAUAUAAAAGGUGGGAGUAGAUGAUAAAUCUCUUUUUCAACUCUCAAUAAAAGAAGUGUUUAUCGUAAGAGAUGUAAUUAUAAGUAUGGUACGUAGACCUUGUCAUGUGUUUCAAUGAGAGAAAGCUGUAUCGUUAGAUCAAUAAGCAUUUGGAUGAAUGGAUAGAUCUUUUGUUUUCCUCUAAAA